AUGUCUGGAGACAGUGAAGAGAUCACCCGCCUUCGCAAGCCACGCUUCUCCUACGAGGAGAACCAAAUCCUCAUCCAGGAAGUGAGGGCCAAUUAUGGCAAGCUAUACGGCACCCAGAGCCGGCGGGUGACAGUGGCGGAGCGCCGGCGGGUCUGGGAGGGCAUCGCUGCCAAGAUCAACAGGAUCACCAGCUGGAAACGCACCGGCCAAGAAGUGCAGAAACGCUGGAAUGACUUCAAGCGGCGCACCAAGGAGAAGUUGGCAAGGGUGCCCCAUUCUACCCAGGGGGCAGGCAACACCUGUGACGAGUCCUUCUCAGCCGAGGAGGAGACCAUCUUUGCCAUCCUGGGGCCCAGCGUGAUGACGGGCACGGGCCGGGGAGAGCCCAACGCUAUGCAGAACACUCCAGGGUUUGCUCACAGCUACCGCCUGGCAGCAGAACACGGCACAGAUAUGCUCGCCCGGGGCAACACCUCCUGUAGUCCAGAGACUUCUGCUCGGGCUCCCUGCUGCACUCUGGAUAGCGGGUUGCUGAGGCCCAAGGAACGUGACUCUCCAGCGCCCCCUCCGUGCCAGCCCUCUUCUCUGCAGAUCGUCCAGCUGGAGCCUUCUCCAGCCAGCGUAGGCUGCAGGCUGCACCCUGAACACUCCCCUGCAGAGCAGCUGGCCACCCCAUGCCCCUCGACCUCCCCUCCCUUGCGGCGCAGGCGCACCCACCUGGAGACGCCCUUUGAGCCCUCUCUGGAUUUCCUGCAGGCCCAGAGGGACACAGCCGAAGCCAUCCGCGAGCUGACUUACACCCUGCGGCAAGGCCUAGAGAGGCUCACCGAUAUCGUGGCUGCCCUACUGCCCCUCCUUCCCAGCCAGACAAAUAGCCUCUCGUACCAGCAAGAGGUGACACCUCCCCCAAUGCCAGCCCCUUCCACGGGGACCCUGCCCGGCAGGGACUCCUUCAUCACCAAGGUGGAGCUGUUCCCGGAGCAGGGGGAGGACGAGGAGAGGCCUCCGCAAGAGGAAGGUAGGCCUGCGGCCGAAGCCAGGCCACCUCCGAACCAAGUCACAACGCCACAGAAACGGAGGAAAGGGGUCCCUACUCGGAAACGCAGGGGCCGCUGGAAGAACUUGUGA